UAAUUGAAACAGUGAAAAUAAUCAUCCAAGGCAUUAAUGCAAUGGAAGGUUGCAGAGAGUGCUUGUCCACAUGGUGAAUGUUUACAUGAGUACCAGCUCCAAUAGGACGAAAUAUUUUUGUCUGUUUUUUAUUUAUAUUAACCAGUAAAACUACGUGAAAACGACUGUUUUUAUUAAAUCAAGUUUAUUAUACUGUGACAAUGGGUAAAAUUAAAAGAGAUGACGAAGAGAACGAGAAUCGCAGGUCCAUCAAUGACAUUAAAAAUAAGAUCGUCAGAAGGACCUUAGCCGGGAAAGAACUCAUUAAGAAAAAGAAGAUGAAAAAGGAAGAAAGAAAGAGGCGAAGGGAAGCCGGGGAGGCGCCACAGAAGCCACACACGAUUGAGUCGUUACGAGUGCCUGAUGAGACCAUUCUAGAUCCGACGAAAGCUGAAAACGUAGAGAGAAUCGAAGAAACGGCAGUCGAUAUCAACACAGACGACUUUCAAAGCUAUUUCAGUAUGGAAUAUGUGCCAAAGGUCUUGAUAACAUUUGCUGACAAUCCUCUUCAAAAAACAAGAAUAUUUGGAGUUGAAUUGUGCAGGAUAAUACCAAAUUCGAUGUUCAGGUAUAGAGGAAGAUCCAGUGUUAAAAAAAUUGUCAAAAGAGCCAUAGAGAAAAAGUUUUCUGAUGUUAUUAUCGUCAAUGAAAACAUGAAAGAACCUAAUGGUUUAUUAAUAAUACAUUUACCAAAUGGACCGACAGCAUUUUUUAGAAUGAGCAAUGUUAAACUCACUUCAGACUUAAAGAAAAGUCAUAAAGAUAUUAACAGUUAUCGUCCAGAGGUCAUAUUGAACAAUUUUACAACACGGCUCGGAUCAAGCGUAGCGAGGAUGUUGGCCUCUUUGUUUCACUACGAUCCUGAAUUUAAAGGAAAGCGGGCCGUCACAUUUCACAAUCAGAGGGAUUAUAUUUUCUUCCGCCAUCAUAGGUAUGACUUUUCCUCAAAGGCCAAACCUAUGCUGAAAGAAUUAGGGCCAAGGUUUACACUAAGGCUCGAAUACAUCCAGGAAGGGACUUUCGACACCAAACUUGGAAUUUACGAAUGGGUCAAAAGUGGAAACAGGCAUUCGCUCGAAGCGAACAGAAGGAAAUUCCAACUUUAAUUGUAUAAUUAAAAUAAAAGUUUUAUUUAAAUAUC